UGAGUAGGAAAUAUGUGGCAGCCCUCCGACGAAAUGAAGCGAAUGCAAUAUGGCGUCGUUGUGCUGUGUCGUGGCUUUUGUAACUAAAACUCCGUUUUGACAUCACACUUAACUAUUCUCAUCAUAAUCUAAAACACCAUCGAAAACGAAAUAACAAAAUCAACAAAAACUUACAAAAAACAAAACAAGUUAAUCAAAUUACAAAAAACCAACAACAAAAUCGCGCACGAUUAAAUUAUAUUUAAAAACACAGAAACACUGAGCUCAAGGAAGGCGUAAAGAUAUGGUGAUGGAAUAGAAAUUGAGGCAACUAAUUUCUUGUUCCAAACUUUUUCGAACAUAUAAAAGUUAAAAACAAUAACUGUUUUCAAAUAAAAUUCUUUAAAUACUUAAUAAACAAAUUAAAAAACCAAACCGUAGCAGUUCUAAACAAAAAACGCUUGGCAGUAGUUUGUGAGGUAGUGCCUACACGUGAGUGCACGUACGCGUGUGUGCCCGACUUUGUAUUUUUUAGUUGGGGACUGGAAUAGUCGGACUAAAUACAAAACGCUCCGAAUUUAUAACACAUUUUAUUCUCAAUACUCAAUAAUUUUUGAAUUUGCUAUACCAAAUAUAGUUCUAUGAAAUACUACAAAAUUUAAAUAAAAAUAAUUGAAUCGUUUGUUGAAAGACUUUUAAGAAUCUCAAGGGGAAAAGCUUAAGGAGUUUGGAGUAGUCACUCAGAUUAACCAAGUCGGGAGCAGAUAAGUGAUCUAUUCAAGAGCGUUCAAGUGGUUUAUGAGAUUGAUAUGUGAAGUAAAUGUGAAACAAUACAAUUCAUCUUAAUUCUCUGCCACAUGAUCAUAAGUUGCAAACGAAUAAAUUACAAAAUCAUUGUAAACACAAAAACUCAUUAAAAGAGCAUUCCGAGGUCCGACGCUAUUGGCGAACCCAAAGUAAACAUUGCCAUCUACAGAAGAUAGAUUAUGGUGUACCAAUAAAGCAAUUAGAAUCCAUCAAAAUAUAACCAAGAAAUCGUCCAGUGUAUGCGUUAGUUGCCAACUUCAUAAAAUACUUCCUAACGCCAGGAUAAAUAAAUGUGCACAUUCUUCCUUCUCAACUCGCGAAGCGUAAGAUUCAAUAAAUUCAAUCCCAAUACCACCAUUACUCCCACGCUAAUCUAACAAACACUCUACCAACUCCCUCAAUACAUCUCCUUUAGAACCAUCAACACUUCUUACAUCCAUAUAGAUUUUGAACGGAAAGGAAUCGGUAAAGAAUGCAGUUCGAAAAAUAAAAAUAUCCAACAACUGCAAUAAAAACAAAAGCAACACAACCAGCAACAAAACAAAAAAUAAAAAAACUGGAAAAGUUUUAAAGUACAAAACGCAAUAAGAAAAGAAUUAAUUACAAACCAACAAAAAAUCUUAACUGUAAAAAAACUUUCAGAUUAGAAAAAUAAGGGUGUUGUGAAAAAAUUUAAAACACGAAAACUAAAACAAAAUAAAAAACAAAAAAAAAAUCGCAACAAAAUAUUAUAUAGAAUAUUGGGUAAAUAAAGAAAAAGUGGAAUAUAAAUAAAUAGCCUACAUAAAAUGGUCAAUGUCUUGACUUAAACGUAGUGAUAAAUUGUGCGAAUCGGGGUAGCUAAGUGCGGGAGAUGUGAGGAGGAAAGUGAAAGAAUAUCGAGUAAACGCAUUGACGACAAGUAGUCAACAUAACCGACGUCGGAGAAGCCGGUUUGGAGUUUUCCAUUGCAAGCAUUAGUACUGGCGGGUUUGACUCUUAUAGUACGCACAUAAUUGGCCAAAUACCCGCCGCCCAUAAAAACAAUUCAUACCCACAGCCAUAUGCCAACAAUAGCAAUACGGUUUGAUAGACCGGAAAUAUAGACACUUCUAAAUAAUUAGAAAAGUUUAGAAAAAAAUGAAAAUUUAACCAAAUUUUAAAUUCAUUCAACACAUAGUCCAAAAAAAAACAAGCGGAAUAAAAAGCCAUCGAAACAGUGCAUUGAAAUAAAAUCGAACAACAGAUGAAGUAAAUGGAGAGUAAAGAUUAAGCAAAAAUCAGUGUAUCGCAUGAGGUAGCUGUAGAGUAGCAAACUAGUUGCGCCGAAAGUUGCAAUGAAGGCAGUCUUAACUCAAACAAACAAAUGCAACGUAACAACAAAAAUAUAAAACGGCAACAAUAAAUCUAAAGCACUUUAAAAACUAAUACAUAUUUGAAUAGAAAUUUAAUUAAAUAAUAAUAAUAUUAUUAUUAUUUAACAAGGGGCAGAGGAAUCGAAAACAGUAAUCCAAACAAUUAAAUUAUCUAAAAAUAAAUAAACUCAAAUACAAUUAAGCCACUUUUACAUGUGAAUAAAAUUCAUAUUUUACAUUAACAACAAUACAACUGAGCAACUACAAAUAAUUUGAGCGCAACAAGGGCAUUAUAAGUAUUUGAAUCAGCAACGAAAUUGUUAAAUUAAACGAUCAUAAACAAAUCAAAAUAUUAAAAGAGGACAUAUAGAAGUUGGAGCGUCAUUUGUUGACGGGCGCCUGCUACGCUCACUUUCAACACCCCACAAGGAUAUUGUAGUACAAGUGUCCGGGGUACGGGUCGAGACAGAAGACGAAAACCGGAACUGAUUUGGACAGACUGCAGCAACAAACCGAGGAAAUUUAUAAUAGCAUACAUUAAGCAAGAAUGAAAUUAAACAAAAAUACUAUGAACGGAUGUGUGCGCAUGUGAAUGUGUCUAGAACCUAAAGUGUGUGCGUGAAUGAUAAUAUGCAACAAAAGCAAAACAAGACAGAAUAAAAAACCAAGAGUUUAUAAAGAACAACAAAACACAAACAAAAAUUCAAAGAAAGAUUUAACAACUCUGUGAUAAUUAUUGUAAAUUUAUAAUAUAAACUAAAAACAAAAAGUAAGGAACAGCAACAAAAAACAAAGAUUAUUAUUACAAAACAGCAACAAAAAAAAUUUUCGUUAAAUUAAAUAGAAUUAAAAUAAAAAUAAAAUUCUUAGAUGUAAAAAAAACAACACAAAAUAGAAACAACUAAAGCAAAUGCAAAUGAAGAUAAUGAAACAUUGAAACAAAUUCGUGAUAUCUUAAAGGACUUCGAUACAUAUAUACUAUAGUAUAUUAUUAUAUUAUAUUUUAUAUUAAUUAAGUGAAUACAUAAUAAGCUUAUAUGCAUAAGCAAAACAGACUUUAAACGCAAAAACAAAAAUAAAUAAAAACUAAUUGAAAUUAAAGAUAAAAGAUUAUUGGAGCAGAGACUAGCGACUACAGUUGUGGAAACACCUAAGUGAACUGGAGUACUGAAGAAUGGAUUGUUGAAAACUGCAGCAGUUUAUAACAAAAAGACUUUGCUACAUUUAAAGCUUAGAGUAGUAGAUAACAAUAACACAAAAACAUAAAAACCGCAACCCAGUAAGAAGCAACCAAAAUAAAAUCCAAACAGCGAAUCGACAACAAAGCUACUACAAUCGGCUUAAAUGUUACCUUUAAACACAUUACGUUUACGUCUUAAAAACUUCUCCCAUAAAAAUAAAUAAAUACCACAUUUAAUCAAAUAUCAAAAGUAAUAGAAUAGAAACUCCACAACCAAGAAAAAAUUAUAAUAUAAUAGUAGUGCUUAUGGCAGCCUGUUAGGCUCCUUUUUGUGAGAAGACGCAAACAGGAUACAACUGGUAAAUGUGUGAUGGGUAUAAAGCCUGGUUUUGAAGAUAAGACAAGAAACCUUAAAUAAUGCAUAAAUGAUCGCGCUAUUAACAUUUAAAUAAUUGUACAUAACAGUAAAUGAGAUUAACAGAAAACUAACUAGCUCUCUUCGUAAAAUCCUAUAAAGGCGCUGUGUUUCGGCAUUUAAGAUAUACAUAUAUACAUUCAGAAAGGCUCUCAGUGAAUUGUCACUGCCUCUCAACAAAGCUGUAAAAAAAGUGAGCGUGUUAUUAAAUUUGUAAAACAAAAUUACCAUCAAGCAGAAAAUUGUUUUUCAUAUUAUUUAUGAGUGGUGCAUCAAGCGCGAUUUGAAGUUUUUAUUAAAUUGUAUACCUCUCGACGCAUUUUCUUUAUCAGUUGCCAUUAGUGCUGUUAGCACGUGAAAUAAAUCCAUUGUACGACUGAAGUGUGCCCACGCGCUUUGCAACCAUAGUUGGCUACUAUUUCUACCAUCCUUUUUAAAAAUCUCCAACGUGUAUCCGCAGCUACUAAAACCAGUGCAACACUCACUACCACCACCACCCCCAUUAUCAACAACAAGUAUUCCACGUGCACUGACCAACAUGAAUACCCAAUCAAAAGGUUACCGCACCGGUGAAGAAAUCUACGAUAACAUUUCUUGUGAUGGAUUUUUCAACAUGAAUGCCAUGCGUAUUCAAACGACUUUCCCGCCAAUUGGCACUUUUACUUUGGACUCAACCCUGGGUCCACCACCGGCGCAGUCGCAGAAUCAGCCGCCAAUUUCUCAACAUCAAACACCAAUUGGGAUUUUCGAUGCCAAUGAUGUUCCGGAAGUUAUUCAAAAUCCGGCUACGAUCGGAGUGUUCCAAUCAAAUAGCGUUCUUAGUAAUGGAGGUAGUGGUGGUGGCGGCGGCAAUAACUCAUCCAUUUUCAGCUCGCAAUCGAGCUCUUCAUCAGCUGCCAACGAUCCAAGUCAAGCAACUCGAGAGACUGGAAUUAUUGAGAAACUCUUGCAUUCUUAUGGAUUUAUUCAAUGCUGUGAGCGUCAAGCACGUUUAUUCUUUCAUUUUUCGCAAUUCAGCGGCAAUAUCGACCACUUGAAAAUCGGUGAUCCUGUCGAAUUUGAAAUGACCUACGAUCGUAGGACUGGCAAACCAAUUGCCAGCCAGGUAUCGAAGAUAGCACCAGAAGUGGUAUUGUCAGAGGAGCGUGUUACUGGUACUGUUACUACAGAAUUACGCACUGACUGCGCAAACAAUUUACUCUCUUCAAGCGAAACCACUGGUCGCAUCAGCUAUGAAAAUCGUGGCGAGUGUUUUUUCUUGCCCUAUACCAAAGACGAUGUUGAGGGAAAUGUUAAUUUACGUGCCGGCGAUAAAGUCAGUUUUCAAAUUGCAACUAACCAAAGAGGUAACCUUGGUGCUUGUCAUAUCCGUUUAGAAAACCCAGCACAGCCGGUAAAAUACCGUGGUGUUGUAUGCUCCAUGAAAGAAUCAUUUGGAUUUAUUGAGCGCGCUGAUGUUGUAAAAGAAAUUUUUUUCCACUUUUCUGAAGCUGAAGGAAAUGUUGAGCUUCGUCCAGGAGAUGAUGUUGAAUUUACAAUACAAACACGUAAUGGUCGUGAGUUUGCUUGCAAUAUAACACGGUUACCACCAGGAUCGGUUAUUUUUGAGGACGUGGAUACCACUAUUUACAAAGGGCAAGUUUUAAAGCCACUUGACCGCAAUAAUCCAGCCCGUCAGACAAAUGAUCCCUUACCCGGUCGCAUACGUUACCGCGCACCAGAUUACUCUGAAGUUGAAGUACCGUUUGGUGAUAAGGAUCAGAAGGGGGAUUUUACUUUGCGUCAUGGUGACUGGGUUCAGUUCUUACUUGCUACCGAUAGGCGUGAUCAAUUACAGCGCGCUACUUCGAUUUCUUUACUUGACGAAACCUUUAAGGUUUCUGGUGAAAAGCGUGAACAAGGUGUAGUUGCCUCACUUAAGGAUGGUUUUGGCUUCUUACGUUGCGUUGAACGAAAUUUGCGUUUGUUUUUCCACUUUACGGAAGUGUUGGACACAAGUCGGGAAAUCGCUGUGAAUGACGAAGUAGAAUUUACUGUCGUCCAGGAACCUGGUGUUCCCUAUAAUACUUCCAGGUUGCAUGCCAUUCGCAUCAAGCAUCUACCGCCCAAUACGGUGCAGUUUGAAAUGCUAAUGGCAAGUAAUAUUGAAGGCUCUGUAACCCGCGAGGCUCCUAAAAGCCCAGUUAAGUCCCAGGAUCGCGUUGAAGGCGGUGUGAUUACAUAUGAUCACGGUGAUGUCAAAAAGACUAUAAUGUAUUUCCUUAAAGACUGCGAGAAACCACCAAGAAUUGGAGAUCGUGUACGAUUCGAUAUCUACUUGGUAAAACGAAACAAAGAGUUCAUUGCUGUAAACGUACAGCUUAUCGGACAAAUGCAACAGUUACACCAGCAACAGUUGCAACAACAACAACAACAACAAUCGCAACUUAUGUUAACCAAUACAACGAACCAACUGCAACAACAUCAACAUAUGCACAACCAAAACAAUGAGCAAAUGCUAAUGUCCAAUGGUGUCGGGGUUGGUCUUGGUGUCGGCGUUGCCGUGGGCGUAGGCGUGGGGGUUGGCGUUAACACUGGAGGAAACAGCUGUGGUAUGUUGCUUCCUCCACAAAACGGAUAUUUGCCACUGGCCAAUUCAACUCAGUUGCUAUCCACACCAAAGAUUGAAGAUUUCAAAUUGGACAAUAAUAAUUUAACAAUGAAUGAACAUGGCCAAACUUACCGUGGCUUUAUUGCUGUCAUUAAAGAGAAUUUUGGGUUUAUUGAAACGCUUUCGCAUGAUGAGGAAGUCUUUUUCCACUUCAGCAAUUAUGUUGGCAAUCCGAAUUGGUUAGAAUUGGGUCAAGAGGUGGAGUACACUCUGUCGCCGAAUGGCAACACUUCCGCCUCGGGAAAUUGCUUACCCGCCGAGAAUGUGCGCACUUUACCCAAGGGUUCCAUUCCACAACCAGCCGUUUUAGAAGGAAUACACAAUGGAAUAGUAGCACGUCCGUUACGCUGCAUCAAUCCCGACCAACAGGAAUAUGCCGGGCUUAUUGAAGUAUUAGAUGAAACCAAACAGAGUGUUUUGACACAACAUGAAUUUGGUAUUACGAGUUUGGUAAAUAAGCGUGAUUUGCUGCAGAAAGGUGACCUGGUAACCUUCAAGAUAGACGAAAUAGGCCGCGCUGCGGAGAUAAAUGCAGUUCGUCAAAAGAAACGUGCAACUGUUGAUUCGAUCAAAGGACAAUUUGGUUUUCUCAAUUACGAAAUUGAGGAUGGCAAGAAGCUCUUCUUUCACAUGUCUGAGGUGCAAGGCAAUGCGGUUACAUUACAUCCUGGUGACACAGUUGAAUUUUCAGUGGUUACUAACCAGCGCAACGGUAAAUCGUCAGCUUGCAAUGUGCUGAAGAUUAAUGAUCGUCCAGACCGUUUAAUAUCUCGCCUAAAGCUCAAUGCAGAUGAUACUGUGCCACGUUUAAUCAUUACGCGAGCACCACGGGGACCACAAAGCAAAGGUUUCUUGCCACAAGCACGAAUUGCACGCAUUCCAGGUAUUAUAAUUGAAUAAACAGCUGAAAUUUACAAAGAGAAACUGGAAGGCUACAACACUUCGUCAUUUAAUAUCCGCAACACCAUAUGAAAUAAAAAAUGAAUAAACAUAAAUUGAGGAUGCAGGAUAAGCGAGGAGGAGGAGGAAGCAUGGAAACUUUAUUUAACACAAUUUAUAAUAUACGAAGCUAGAGUUUACCGAAUUAGACGCAAAAGAAAAGAAAAUCGUGAUGCCUCAUCUCUUCCUCAGAAAAGGAAAUAAAUAUGGCAUAUUUAUUAAUAUGAAUACUAAAAUAACACAAUACAAAAUAUCUUAAAUAAAGGAAUACUGUAAUAAAAACAAAAACUUAACUGCUUGAGAAAAAAGAACUAUAAAAAGAAUUAUACUAAGAAAACAUAACAUUGCAGGCAUUUCAUAAGCUCGAUAGAAAGCAUAUGGUCCUUUGAAUGUUUCGCUGUUUAUACACUUUAUUAACUAUGUGCUGAACUGCAAGCGGAUUUCCAUUUAUUAUUUUUAAUUAUUAAUUGACGUUAAUAAAACUUAUGAAGAAUAUUCAAACACAAUUGAAGUAAAACAAAAUUAUACUAUUGAAGUAGACAGAAGUCAAAGGAGUAAUAGUUGGAUUACAAACAAAAGCCACGGUAAAAAUGCAACAAACUGUAAUGCAAUACGGCACACACAUAAAUCAUUAAACCUAAUCAAAACAAUAACUAAAAUGUGCUCAGUUAUUGUUUGUCCAUAUUUUAUUAUACUUGUAUGUAAUUUAACUCAUUGAAACAAAUAUUUUAAUUUACAUAUGUAUAUGCACAUGAAAAGUGACUAAAUUGAAAUCCCUAAAAACAAUACACAAUUUCAUGAAUUAUAAACACAACCUGCCUACUAAUAAUAAUCUUUCUUUUAGAGAUGUAGUAUUCAACUAUAACUUGGUGUUAAAUUACGUAUUCUCUUUCAUUUAAUGAUAUCACAGAAUGUUUCUAACGUUCGUUAAAAGAUACAAUGCCAAAUUACGAUGAUGAAUUUCUUGUACUGUUUUGGUGCAACCAAAGAUUCUCCCUUUAAUCCUAUAUUUACAAAUUUCAAUUGAUUCAAUAUUUAUGUUUAUAUCUAGCGUUGCGCCCCUUGAACUGCUUUUUUUUAGUAUUUAUUAAUACAAAUAUAUUUUCUCAUUUUUUCAUACAUUAAUAACUAAAAAUGCAUAUGCAUAUGUCAUACAUAUUUGUAAUGUAAACGCAAUGGAAAUGCUAAUAUAUUUAUUCUACAUAAUAUAAAUACUAUAUUUCGAAACUUACAAUAAUACUUUAUUAUAAUUUACCCUUUGAAAGCUAUGCAAAGUAACAAUCGAAACGAUAUGGAACAAACACACAAAUCCAAGAAAGUUUAGUAUUUAGUUAUACUUGUAUAAUAUGAUUUAUAUUAUAAAGGAUUUAUUAUUGUCAUAAUGGUGAUGAAUGAAAACCCGUUGCAUUACAUUAAACAAUAAACGCAAAUUUGCGACGGCGAAUUCAAUUUGCUGCUCCAUAAAUUUUGCAAUAUAUUAUAUUAAAACAUAAAUACAUAAUUAAAAAAUGGCAACAAAGAACACUUAAGUAAUUAAGAAACCCCAAAUUAAGCAACAUACAAAUAUAUGAAACUAAAACAUAUAGUAUAUUAAAAAUAUAUAAUAAUAUUCUUCAAGAAAAUACAAUGAAUUUCAAUUACAUUCAAAAUUGGGAUCAGUCCUAUAGCCAUGUUAAAAUUAUAACGACCUACAGAACCAAAAAUAUACAAAAAAAACUUUGAGAGUGAAUGAAAUUAUAUAUAAUUGCUUGAAUACCAAUAAAAGCCGUAACAUCAAAAACAUCACAACAAACAAAAAAAAAACGUAAAACCUGCAAAGCAACAAUUUGCAAACUAUAUGAAAUCAAAUAAAAUAAACACAUAUUUCAUUAAAGCUACAA